AUGCCCCCAAACGCAAUUGAUUCGUUCGACGUCAAUCCCGAAAGAAGAGGAAAUAGUUCAAACAUAAUAAAUACAGGCAACACAACAAUUCCCCAAGUGACAUUAGAGAAUACCGACAGUUAUGGCUUAAAAGUAUACCAAUCUUCACUAAAUCUACUGGCUCACAUAUUAAUUGGAGCUACAGUUGGGAUUUCAAUUCUUUUUGUAUUUCGAAAUGGAUUACCAUUGGGAGCUACUCCACUUCAUAUUCUUUUGUGCGUGCUCGGCUAUCAAUUAUUAAUGGCCCAAGCAAUUCUUAGCUUAUGCCCUCAUAACGGAUGGUCUGCAAAUCUUCGACUAUUCGACAAAAAAGUAGCACACACUAUCUUGCAAGUUCUGGGAUCAGCCUUGGCAAUUGCUGGCAGUUUUAUCAAAAUACUUGAUAAGUCAGAGCACUGGAAUACUUUGCAUGGACAAUUUGGUAAGUUA